AUGGCAUCGCACCAAUACCGCCCUCAGGACUACUUCCAGAGUACUCGAGAAGUCGAUCAAGGCAUACCCCCGCCUUAUCGCUCCGCGCCGCCCUCGCCGCCAGACUUGGGUCAUUCUCGCCCGCCGCGCAUCGAUACAUCCGCAAUCGAUGGCAGCCAGAUAGAACGAACCCCAACGCUGGCUAAUCCUCAGCAGGGUCCCUUUGGUCAUCCCACCGAGACCAUCAUCGCGAUGCCAGACUCGCCAGAUCGACCGCUGAGAUCAAACUUUGCUUCGUCUGACGACGUAUCCGGCCAAGCAACGCCUUAUCCUUCUACAUCGGCCUCAAAUUCUGGAUUGUCAAGCUUGCGCUCGUCCGUCUCUGGACCAACAGCGCUUAUGGCCACCAUGGGCAUGACACCGCUCGCCGGACCGUCCAAUGCUUCAUCAUCUGCGAUCAAUCUAGGCCGACCCUCAAUGGAGAAUCUGGCAAGUGCAACAAAUCGCAAGUCAAGCAAGCCAAAAUCGCGAAAGCGGCCCGCGCCAAUCAAUCCGCUUGACGACAAUGACCUCAUGCGUCUUGUCUCUGCCGAGAUUUCGCCCCGCUCAAAUCUUGCAGACGAAGAAUCAGAGACUGAUGAUGAGGGCCAGCGCACGUCGAGGCCUGACCAAUUGUCUAGGCAGUCUUCUGCCAGCCUUACGGCCAUGUCAAAUUCGACAGACGCAGAGGACUCUGACCAAGAAGACACGCUAUGCUCAGAGAAUGCUUCGCGGCAUCGUAGUGCUUUCGGGCUUAGGCCAGAGCCCGUUUCGGCUCGUUUGCUGCGCCUCGUAUCUUCUUCUGGCGAAGAUGAUCCAGAUUACACUUCUUGCUCGCAAGCAUCCUCCAGGGUGCCUUCGCCUGCUCUGCCUUUAGCAAGCCUGCAACGGCAAUCUGUCGCGCCUCCGGGCGCGAAUCUGCUCGUGCCGUCUGGUGAUCGACAUUUACAUCCGAAUGGCACAAGCUAUACAGGACGUCAUCACCACCAUGUUCAUCACCACUAUCAUCUUCCACCGGGACCGAAUGUCCUCGUAGGGGAUGCUCAGCCAGCGAGGUCGAACAAGUCGCGAUCAGAGAGCACCACACUUGCUGGCUCCUCGACAGACGAAAAGGAAGACUCUGGUUCGUCUGACAUGCAGCAGAACGAAUACAAUGUACCGGACUACUAUACGAGCCAUCACUACAGGACGUCCAAUCUUGCUCGCAAGUUGGGUUUCUCCGGUUCGUCUGUCAAAGAGGGAAAGCACGAUGUCGGCCAUCUGCCAAGCACGAUGCCUGGCAAGAAGGGCAGACGCGGCCAAUGGUUCGAGAGGCAAAACAGGUCAAGGCGCGACUCAAACCUUUACUAUCAGGGCGUGAACCCAGGUCAUAUUCACCUGUCGUCCUCUUCCAGCUCGGUAGACUCGCCGACGCGACCUGUCCGAUCACGCAAGUCUGGCUCAUCUCACGUCGGCUUCUGGUCACGAUUGGCAGAUCAUCCUUUCGUGCCGACCAGGCCGCUGACGAUUCUAUUCGCACUUGGCGCAAUCGCAGCGUUUGUCGUCUCAACGACCACCUUGAUCAAGUAUAUACUCAAUCCUGACAAAGAGCCGCUACCUUGGCGGACAAUGUGUCAAGAUCAGCGACCUUUCGAUCACGCAUUAGCAGACGCGCUGCCACCCGUCAAUAUGUUCGUGGGGGUCUUCUCUGUCGAUGCAGCCUACGAACGACGGCACCUUAUUCGAUCAACGUAUGCUCGUCACUCUAAGCCCCUCGACCCCAAGACUGGGCAACCAGCACAGAAUAUUCAGCUGAAGUUCAUUCUCGGCCGGCCGCGCAAGAACCACGCUCGUCGCUUGGCUCUCGAAAUGGAGACCUACAACGAUAUAGUCGUGCUCGAUAUCAAGGAGAAUAUGAACAGGGGCAAAACGUAUGCCUUCAUGCGAUGGGCAGCCGAGAACGCAACGAUCCCUUUCAACUAUGUGCCUCAACAUGGUCGAACGCAGUCAUUGCAAGGCGGAACGAUCACGCAGCCUGUCAGCGUUGGCUUCCGCAAGGCAGAUUACAUUGUCAAAGCCGACGAUGACUCAUUCCUUGUCCUUAGCGAGCUCGAACGACAUAUGCGCGUGUCGCCGCGUGAGAAAAGCUAUUGGGGAUAUUUGAUCAACAGCGGCUUCAUGGCCGGCGAAGUCUAUGCCUUAUCGGCUGAUCUUGUUCAGUACAUCGCAUCAGAUUUGACGCUCCUUUCGCAUACUAUCGGCCCGGAAGACAAGAAGGUGGCCAAAUGGAUGCGGCUGCACCCCAAUGCUUCGAGCAUCAAUUGGAUCAGCGAGCGAUGCUACAUUUACGAUCAUCCCAAAGCCUCCACUGUCUACUCGCAUGGCUUCCUGUUCCCAGACGAAGUUGAACGGAUACGGCUGGAAGGCAGACGCGGCAUCUCUGUUGCCGAGACAGCUCGACGCGGAGGCGAAUUCUAUAGUCAGUCCUAUUCUACAGUCAACGAAUGGGGCCUCGAAUAUGCACCCCCGAGAGAAGGCAUGACCAUGGAAGAGGAAGUCGAAGCGCUCAUCGAAGGAGGCGGACGAUGGAGCACACAAGGCUUCGUAGAUCUACCGACGCCCAAUGACGGUGUCGAUGCAGAAAGCGUGCUCUUUGAUGCCAACGAUGUCCGCCUCGCGCGCAAUUCUGCUUCGACCCGCAGACUGCUCAACAAAAUGCAGUCGUCCCAAACUGCGCAGCCUGCACCGGCCGAAAUCAAUGCAGCAGCGGCACACUACACCAAGCUUGGUCACGAUCUGCUUCGGGAUCCUACAGACGUACAGAUCCCCGGAUUAUCUGCUCUGCGUGAAGGUGAACACGACGAUGCGGCUCGACAGCCACACCAGACAUGGGCCAUCUUCCCCGAUGGCGAUGGUGUCCCUGAAGACACAAGACGGCCCUAUCCAACGCUCCGCUACGAUGCUGAAGCGAUGCGAAUCAGAUCACAGCGCAUGCUCGGCAGACCGUAUGGCGGGACUGUCGCUGUUCACUACCUCAAGCGCAACGAAUGGUUUUUGGAGACGUCACUCGCUCUGCUCGGUCGCUUUGAGACUUGGGACUCGGGUGCAGCAGCUCCGGCAUACACUCGCGAGACGCAGCACGCCGUGCCGCGUAUCGGUGUUGCAGACGACGAGACCUCACUCGACCUUGAGGAUCAUCAGGCGCAGCGGAAAGUCAUUGUCACCUCGAAACCGCUGACCAAAGGCAAAGAGCAAGUCGACGAAGUACCGAGCGCAUGGGGCAAUGCUCGCAUGUUUGGCAGUCCCAUUAUACGGCCGGAUGGCUACCUGCAAGAAGGUCGCCCUGUGCCACCGCCCAUCAAGGUCAAGGAGCCCCCAUCGAUUGGAUUCGGUCGAUUCCAGAAUCUGCCCAAGGCUGCUUACGCAGAGCCUAAUCACCCACUAUUGCAGAAGCCCUUCCCAGAAGUCAAACCGAAGGAGCCCGCAGCGUCUUCUUCAGACGAGACAAGUUCGACCUUGCCAACUGUUGCGCUUCUCGCGCCUAAUGCGUCAAGCCCAGCCGUAGCCGAUGCUACUCUGCCAACGACAAGCAGUCUUGAAGAACCGACAAGCUCGUCGACGCCGAUAGCAGAGCCCGAGCCUGUUUUGGUCGUCGGCGAGGCUCAACAGAUACCUGCUCAAGACGAGCCUAGACCAUCAUCUACCGCAACGUAA